CCAAGUUGAGUCACACGUCAGUAGGGAACCUGUACGUGUGCGCGGACGUGUGCAGCACGUCGUGCGUUUCCCGGAUGCACCAAACACUAACAUGGAUCGAAUAGUGAUGGAAGUUCCGAUCAAGAACGAGUUCCCCCUCACAGGCCUAUCUACAACUCAAAGAAAGCGCCAGGUUCGAUUCUCCGCUCGCCAUGACAUUCUUCUUCUUAGGGAAGUGAUUGCACAGAACCCAUUUGCCUCCAAAGAAUCAGGGAAGAUCUGGGCCCGUGUGGGGGAGAUCAUCACUGCUGCUCUUCAGGAUGAGAGCUUUGAGGUGGAUGCUCGGAGGUGCAGGGAGAGGACCAUGCUGCUGCUGGACUACUACAAGAAACAGGAUUUUACCAGUCUGCGGAGGUUUGGCUCAGAGAGGUUGUAUGCCCAAAAAGAGGAUUUGUUACAUGAGGUUCUGGAGCUGGAGGCUGAGAGGGGAGCUGUCAUCAGUGGGGACAGUAUAAAAUAUCAGGAUGAAGAGCUGAACAAGAGGGCCAUAGAGGAACUCACACUGCUGGAGCAAGAAAAACCUACACUGACACACACAACUCAUGCAACCGAUGGAGAGGAGGAGCACGAGGAGCUGGCGGAGCUUUCGGCGCUUUCGGCUGCACCAACUGCCAAGCGUCCGUGCCAGUGCUGCUGCCAAACCUACUCUGAAAUUCUCAGUUUUCUGGAGAAACGCUCUGAGUCCGAGCAAAGGCUGAGAGAGGAAGAACUCGCCCUGCGUCGUGAGGAGCUGGAGAUUCAAAGGAGUAAGAUUGCUUUAGAAAGAGAACGUCUGGGAUCUGAAAGACGAGAACGAGAACGCAGAUUUGAGCUGGAGAGCCAAGAGAGGCAGGUUAUUCUGGAUCUGCUCAAGGAGAAAGUGCUCAAGAGUUAAUACAACUGUUCUACAUUCAAUAAAUGACUGUGUUAUUUAAUUAUUACAAGAGAGACAGGGUGCUAAAAGGUGUGGUGACCUAGUUAUGACAAUAACAAAUCCACAAUGCAAGGGCUUGUUUUAAAGUAAUAAAACGAACAGUAGAUGCUGAACAACUUAAAUGAUAGACAUUGACUUGAACAUUUAAUUACAUUUUCAAGAGGUGGGUACUGGGCAGUUACAUUUAGUUGAGUAACUUAUUAAUAAAAGUACUUCUCUGAGUAGUUUUCAGACCCUGUACUUUUACCUCUACUUGAGUAAUAUAUUUCACAGUAACAGUAGCUUACCAUUGGGCUACUUGGAAAAUUGUUUUGGGUACUUGUUUGGAUAUUAAAUGAUUUUAACAUUUGUGUUUAUGCACCUCUCCUUUGGAUGUAAUAGUGUUUUUUUUGUUUUUUUUUUUUUUUUUUUUUUUUUUUUUCAUUUUUCUUGUUCUCUGCCCUUUUGUCCUUCCAAUAGGCUAUAUGAAAUUCAAUGUGCAGAAACGACUGAUUGUUCUUGUUUGUAUUGUAUAGUAAUGUAAAUAAAAUACUAAUUUUGAGUUUACAAA